AACUAUGAGCUAUGUGAGAGAGAUGUCUUAAACUGUUUUGAUAUUGUGACAUUUUGUUAGGGAAAUUAUAUUCCGCCGAUGACAAAUGUGCGUGUUUAUUUACUGAAAAUUCCAAAUUUACAUAAAUUUCAGUGAAUUUUAUUUGAAAAAAUCGAAAAAGCGGUGUUUCGAUUGCGAAUAAAAAGAGGCGGCUAAAAAUUUAGCAGCCAUGGGCUCAAUCAUGGAAUCAGCUCCCAAUGAAUUAAUGAGGCCAUUCAAAUUAGUUCACCAAGUUGUUAGUCUGACUGGCAUCAGUUUCGAACAAAAAAGUAUCAUUGGUUUUGUUGAGCUAACCAUCAUUCCAACCAAAAAUAAAUUGAAAGCCAUUCAUUUGAAUGCAAAACAAUGUCGCAUCUAUCGUGUUGUUUUCAACGAUGAUAUCGAAGUUCCGUACGAAUAUUUUGAUCCAUUUUUGGACAUUUGUCAAGAUGCUACUGAAACUCGUUCGCUGGAAGAUUUUUCAAAAUAUCAUUUGGAAGCUGCUGAAAGUGUGGAUCCUGAUCAUUGUGCCGGUGAAUUAGUAUUGUUGAUACCACCCGAAGCCAAUGAUAUUGUGGUUGAAGGCAAAGAGUUACGCAUUGGAAUCGAAUUUUCACUUGAAAAUCCAGACGGUGGCAUACAUUUUGUAACCGUUGAAAAUGAUGAUUCAACGGCAGUCAAUUCAUCACAUUUGUAUACAUAUGCGCCAGAAAAUUCGAGUCGAUUAUGGUUUCCAUGCAUAGACAGUUAUGCCGAACCGUGUACGUGGAAGCUUGAGUUUACGGUCGAUGAAAAUUUUACAGCCGUUUCAUGUGGUGAACUAACCGAAGUAAUUAUGACACCGGAUAUGCGCCGCAAAACCUAUCACUAUACCAUCAGUGUGCCAGUUUGUGCACCGAAUAUUGCACUGGCCGUUGGACCAUUUGAAAUUUAUGUCGAUCCGCAUAUGCAUGAAGUAACACAUUUUUGUCUACCGCAGCUAAUGCCGUUGCUUAAGAAUACCGUUCGUUAUAUGCACGAAGCAUUCGAAUUCUAUGAAGAAAUCUUAUCGACACGUUACCCAUUUACAUGUUACAAACAGGUAUUUGUCGAUGAACUCGGCUCAAAUGCCCGAGCCUAUUCAACGAUGAGCAUUUUAUCAACACAUUUAUUACAUUCAAUUGCGAUUAUUGAUCAAACAUAUGAAACGAGAAAGGUUCUAUCGAUUGCAAUUGCUGAACAAUUUUUCGGUUGUUUUAUAACGAUGCAACAUUGGUCAGAUACAUGGUUGGCCAAAGGUAUUGCCGAAUAUAUGUGCGGUUUGUAUUCGAAAAAAUGCUUUGGUAAUAAUGAAUAUCGCGAAUGGAUACAACAUGAAUUGUCCGAAGUGGUAAAAUAUGAAGAGCAAUAUGGUGGAAUCAUUUUAGAUCCAUCAGUUCCGCCAGCACCGUUGCCCGUAUCGACAAAUGCACCAACGAAUAUCACAAAACAACCCGACGAACAUUAUUUUCCGAUCAAAAAUAUGCACACUAUGUCACCGAAAUAUAUAGAAGCAAUGCGAAAAAAAGCACACAUUGUCAUUCGUAUGCUGGAGCAUCGAAUUGGCCAACAAUUACUCAUUCAAGUGUUCAAUAAACAAUUGGCACUCGCAACAAAUGCAGCGGGUCAACCAAUUGCCAGUGGACUUUGGCAUCAUUUACUUAUCUCAACAAAUAUUUUUAUCAAAGCCAUUUUCACUGUCACGGGCAAAGAUAUGUCAGUGUUCAUGGAUCAAUGGGUGCGCACCGGUGGACAUGCCAAAUUUCUUUUGACAUCGGUAUUCAAUGCAAAGCGAAAUACAAUCGAAUUAGAAAUUCGACAAGAUUGUGUCAAUCAAAAAGGUGUUCGAAAAUAUGUUGGACCACUGUUGAUUCAGCUACAAGAAUUGGAUGGUACGUUCAAGCAUACAUUACAAAUUGAAAAUACGGUUGUAAAAGCAGAUAUAACAUGCCAUUCGAAAAGCAGACGAAAUAAAAAGAAGAAAAUUCCACUUUGUACGGGAGAAGAGGUCGACAUGGAUUUAUCACCAAUGGGUGACUCGCCGGUGCUUUGGAUUCGACUUGAUCCGGAAAUGAUAAUAUUGCGUUCAGUUAUUAUUGAACAACCGGAUUUUCAAUGGCAAUUUCAAUUGCGCCAUGAACGUGAUGUAACCGCACAGUUUGAAGCUAUUGGUGCAUUACGUAAAUAUCCAACAGCCACCACACGGAUGGCACUCACUGAUACGAUCGAGAACAACAAUUGUUUCUACAAAGUUAGAUGCAAAGCCGCGCACUGCCUGAAAGAUGUAGCAAAUGCAAUGGUAACAAGUUGGACGGGUCCCCCAGCAAUGCAACAAAUAUUUCGCAAAUUUUUCGGCUCAUUCAGCGCUCAACAUAUCAUUAAACAGAACAAUUUCGCAAAUUUCCAAUUGUAUUUCCUGCAAAAAACGAUUCCAGUAGCAAUGGCUGGACUUCGAACCGCUCAUGGUAUUUGUCCACCAGAUGUGAUGCGUUUCCUCUUAGAUCUCUUCAAGUACAACGAUAACACACGAAAUCACUACUCCGAUAAUUACUAUCGAGCUGCAUUGAUUGAUGCACUCGGUGAAUCAAUAACACCCGUUGUAUCGGUCAUCGAACAGGGUUCAACAAUUACAGCUGAAAGCUUAUCGACUGACGCAAAACUCGUUCUUGAAGAAGUGACACGCCUCUUGAAUUUGGAAAAACAUUUACCAUCGUAUAAAUACUGUGUUACGGUUUCUUGUUUGAAAGUAAUACGAAAAUUGCAGAAAUGCGGUCAUUUACCAUCGACACCAAAGUUGUAUCGUUCAUAUGCUGCUUAUGGUCAAUAUAUUGAUGUUCGUGUUGCGGCCAUGGAGUGUUUGGUGGAUUUUGUUAAAGUUGAUGGUGAAUACGAUGAUUUAAAGCAUUUACUGGAUCUACUUAGCAACGAUCCAGAUGCGAUGGCACGACACAAAUUGGCACGAUUAUUUAUCGAUUUUCCACCAUUUUCGAAAACUCAUCGGAAUCGAAAGCUAGAGCGACCAGAGCUCGUCGAACAAAUUUGGCAGAAUAUGAACAAUAACUUUUCAAAUAAUGCUCAAGUGCGGUGCAAUUUUGUGGAUUUAUACUAUUCGCUGUUUGGAUCGAAAGUUCCAAAUUGUUUGGCUAAAAAUGAAAUGCCACUGUCAAUGGGAUUGCCGAAAAUUCCAAAAAUACCGAAACUGAGCGAUACAAAACAACGGUCGGCCAGUCCAUUUGAAAGCAAUACAACUAAACUUCCAGUGGUUGAUGAACCUAUCAAAAUUGAGAACAGAGAAUCCGAAACAGUUAAUCGGCCAGUUGAAGAAAAACAAGAACCAUCAGAGACGGUGAAGGUUGAGAAAAGAGAUGCAUCCGAAAUGGAUUCGGAUAAUCGUCAACCAGAGCCAAAAAGAGUUAAAACUGAGUUUUGUUCCGAUAAUUCAGUAUCACUUCCCGGAAUAUUGCCAGGUAGUACGGGACCCGUUGGAUUUGAGCCGGGCAUGUUCAAAAACGAUGAUGAAAGCAGCAGACACAGCAGAAGCAAAUCGAAAGACAAAGAGAAAUCAAGCGAUGGAACAUCAAAGAAGAAAAAGAAGAAAGAGAAAAAGAAGCACAAGCAUAAGCACAAACAUAAGCACAAGACAGAAAGUAAAGAUAAAGAAAAGAAAGAGAAGAAAGAUCCAAAUAUAUCACGACUUUUAGUGAAAGAUGAAACACCAGAGACGCUUAGUUCAGCCGAAACGUCCAGUAAUAGCAAUCAAACAUUUCAAGAUUUGACUUCGACAAUGUAGAUGGAAUGUGUUUAUGUUGUAAUGUGACAUUUUUAAAUAAAUUAUAUUUCAAUUUGAAUUUUGCUUUUCGGCAGGAAUGAUAUUCAAUAAAAAUCAAACUCAAAAUAUAAA